AUGAGGGGCGUAUGGCUCCUGAGUUUCCCCCUCUUGAGUUCUGGCCAAGACAACACCGCUACUACGGAUUUCUGCAUCUAUCAAGAGACUCCGGAAGACACGCCUGAAUCAAGAAACAUGAAAAAAACCAUUGAAGAUUAUUUCGGCGCCAAUUAUUCGGCCGUGUGUGAUUGGAGGAACUACGUAAUUGAGACUCAGAACUCGUCCGAGACAAACUCUUCGGGAUCAGUCUCAGAAAAAACGGAUAAAUUCAAGUCUUUCGAAAUCGAUGAAAGUCCAGACAAGUACAGAUUCAACAUCAGCAGCCGUGAAGAAUUCAAGGGCUAUGGUUACUGUUACUAUUCUCACGUUUCAUGUCCGCUGGAUAAAUCCGACAACAAGCAUCUCACACACGUUAAGUGCCAAGGAUCUUUAUGCAAUCAAAAGUCAAAAAUAGAGGCAUUUUUUCAAAUGGAAGAAAGCGAAGCUUACGAAUUUCUAAAAGAAAAGGGUGUCAGAUGCCAGGAUCACAUGGAAGAUACACUUUCGAACCGUUGCUAUUUCUGCAAUCAAACGCAUCGUGCUGAAUUGGUGGCAGGAAUGGAUCCACUAAUCGAGGAGUGCAAACAAUUCUACGAGGAGUAUAACAUCACUAAUCCUUCUGAACACACGCUCACUUAUGUUAUAAUAGUGCUCUUGCUGGUGAUUUGCGUGGCUAUCUACUUUUCGCACAUGUUUUUCUUGCGGCAAAAAUACCCUGAGCAAGCAACCGAGGAGGAAAACCAAAUGGACGACUUGGAAUCGCAGCCCUUGGUCACUGAUGAAGCCAAGGCGUACAUUGAAGGGGAUUAUGCUCCCGUCAAUGGCGACCUCUUCCCAGGCUAUUUGGAGAUCGACCCGACGAGUAAAACACGUAACUUCCGAGUAUCAGCGGAGAAACUAGGCGACAAGCUCAAAUUUAUGCACAGUCUCGUCGAAGCCCAAAAGAUACAGAAGGUUGCUUUUUUUUCCUCUUGGAUGUUUUCCGAAGAUGAAAAAUACUUCUACAUGACUGCUUUUAAAAACCUAAUGCCAUCGACACAGCUGGUCUCGCUACAGUGUAAGUUGCGUAGUCUUCAGUUUAUAAUCAACGCACGGGAAGCACGUGACCCAGUGCAAGUUGUUUCGAUGGCGCGAGCGUUGACCUCGAAGCUGGCGACUGGUUCCCUCAAUUCCUAUUUCGCGAAGCUGCAAAAGCUCUGCCGCACAAAUGACGUCAAGUCCGGAGUGGACACCAUCUUCGAAAUCUCACCCAAGAGCGUUCUUUUCGAAGUAACGCCGUCGGGCUUCAUCAACAGCAAUGUCCUUGAGCUGAUCUUGACGCCCUUCAAAGAUGAUGAACCAUCGCUCUACGGGAAAUCAUACGACAUCUCAUCUCCACACAUUUACGUGAAUAAGCAUUUGAUUGCUUCGUGUAAGGACGGGGAGGAGCAUUUUGGCUAUCAGCUCAAGAAUAUAAUUGGACUGAUAAUGCAACUUAUGCUCGGGAGAAAUAGCGAAAUUCUGUACAAGCGGCACCCCUUCGUGAGUCUGAUGAAUCGUCUCAAUCCCUCGCGUCAAUCAAGUGGGCUUGGACUUUCUGCUGGCGAGUCCUCCUCAGACUCCUCAGCACCGGACGUAUCUGAAGACCAAGGCGGCAAUCACCAGCUUUGCACCUUCUCCGAUAUACUGAACAGAACGUGCGAGUUCCGACAAGUCGAAGAGCUUGGCCUCGCUGAGUACUUCUGUUACAUCGAAGAAGCCCAACCGUUGGCCGAAGACACUGAAAAAGGCCUUAUGGGACAUGCGGCGCGCGUGCGACCAAAAUACACACACAACUUCGAAGAGCUUCGCAACCAAGUCAGCUGGGAGUUGGCUGACGAUCUCAUGGAUCUGGACAAGCGAUUAUGGGAACAUUCCUUACUUUGGGGUCCGCUCAACGAAUGGCUCAAGAGCCUAGUAAUAAACCACCUACAGCCAUCCGAAUCAUAA